AUGGCAAAGGAAAAAGUCAUCAAGGAAAAUGCUGACUUCAUAUCACACCUGAUGGCCAGGUUUUUCUACCACACAGCGGAGCUGUCUGCUUCAGGCAAACUCUGCCUCCCUGGGAAUAUCAAGAGAAAGAUCGUGCUAAGCAUUGAAAAGUGCAGCAAGGAUGACUGGAAGCCUAGCAUCGCUUUCGUUGUGGGGACCAAACCUGAGGAUGAAAUCCACACCAAGGCCCUGUCUCUUGCUGUGCGGGUGCCGCAGCGGAAGCUCUUCAGCGUGGUAACGCGGGAAGACGUUUUCAGACAGAUCAGAGAAUCUGGGAAUCAAAAGGGAAAAAAGGUUAAGGAUCUGCCUAUGUACUAUGAGGUGAUAGAAGUAGCCAAAGCCAUUCUGGAUAGUGGUGAAGAAAUUCCUGUAACACUAACUGGAAAGCUGUUGAAAUUUCAACUGCUUUGUCUCAAACAGAAGGAACUGCAGAGAAGAGAAGCUGAAAAGAAGCCGAGCAAUCUGGUCAAAGUUGUCAUCUCCUCUGGAUUAUAUCUAUAUCAAAGCAUGACAGGCAAACGCAGAAGAAGAGCAACAACAGGAAAAAGAUGGAGACCUCCCGGCAAGAAGGAGAGCCUCCCCAGUGCCAAGACAGCUGAGAAAGAAAGGAAAGGCAAAAAGACAGAAGGAGGCCCUCUAGCACCAGUCACUGUUAAAAAGGACACCCAACUGAAGCGACGGGGAGACGCAGAAGAGGAAGUCAAAUACAUCGAUGAUGAACCAGAUGAUGGUGCCCAUCAUUACAUUAUAAUUUUGGAUUUCCAUAACCCUCAGCUGUUGCCUGUGAUGUCUGAGCUUGGGAUUAACAUUUCAAGUGUAAUUAGAAUUUCUUCGGAGAAUUAUAAGCCGUUGCAGACAUACUUGGAAGCAACUAAACUGCAGGAACAAUGCUUACUUUCACCUGAAGUUGUAGAAGCAGAGAAAAGAAAGAAAGAUGAAGCUAUCAAAGACCUGGAAACAUUUUGGAAAUACCUGGAGCCGGUUCUGAACAGUGGGAAGCAUGGAUCAAGUCUCUUUGAUGUUGCCAUACUUCAUCACCUAGUUAAGGAGAGCGCCUUUCCCCCUGACUGGUCUGACAGAGAAAUGCUGCUUGCAUUUGGCACUGCGCUGUUCGAAAGCAUUGCUUGUUUAAUGUAUGACUGCCUGGACUGGAGAAGACAGCAUUGUAACUACUUGGAAAACACCAAGUUUGUUAAUGUGCCUGCAUUAUCGGAGAGCAAAUCAACACAACCACCUGUAACUGAGGUACAACCAGCAUCACAGAUCACACCUUCAAAGAAAAAAGGGCAAGCAGAAGAAAUUCUGCCAGCAGUAAUUUUGUCACAGGAGGAAGAAGCUUCUGUUUUGGCUGCUUCUGUGGACAUGAGGUAUUACAAUGACUUGCUGAGUCAGAUUCCCGAGGAGUACUUUUCUGUACCCUUAAUGCUGAACUGUAUGUUGGAACAGGUUAUUGCAAGUGAAGACGACCUUAUACCACCUAGUCUGGUGGUGCCAGAGCCCCGGGUGGAUGGGCUGCAUCAUACCAUUGCAGAUCAUAUAGCCUCCAUCCUUCCUUCUCUUUCACUUUCUGAGAGUGAAAAAAAGAAUCUAUAUGACUACUUUUCUCCUAAAUAUAGUGAAGAAAAGGCUGUCACCCCCGAGUACCCACUCUUAUUUAACUACCACGAUACCCUGGCUCAGCGGUUGCACCUGCUGAAGGUCCAGAAGAACUUAAAUCCAGAAAAGAUUGAACGUGAAAUGAUGGAUAAACUGCCUCUUACAGAACUUAUCCAUUUCGCCUUUCCUUCAGCUGAAAACAACACUAAACGCUUGGCCAGAGUUCACGAGCUCAUGCAUUAUUGUACCAGUGAACCUCUGAGUUCGGCUGAAGUAGAAAGAGCCUUCAGAGUGUUUACUUUUGAGAGCCUGAGGCUGACUGGGCUGAGUGACUCUGGUCUCCUGGAGAGCUCUGGAUCUAUGGUUGGAGGUGAUUCUGCAGUGUCUUAUAUCCCUUGGGAUAAUCCAGCCCGGUUUGCAAGACAGCUGAGACGACUAUUCCUUAUGGAAAAGAAGUUUAGUGGGAAAUCUCCAAGAGGCUCUGGACAUACAGAAACAAAUGGCAAAGAUGGAAGAGAUGGUCUGGCUGAUCCUGUUUUGAACAAAGAAUUGGACCUUUUUAUUUCUGAUAUGGCGAGUCUGGAAAAUUAUGGUCUAGGACCAAACUUAGAAGAAAUAAAAAAGACACAGAGGCGUUGUUUGACAGACUGGAGUUUCACUGAGCAUUUUCAACCCCAUGUUCUUCUUCAGGUUCUUCAUACUGCGUCCCAAGAAUACAGAUGCAUUGAUUCCUUUUAUCGUACCCAAGAUAACUCUUUGCUAAUGGUUCUUCACAAUCCUAUGAAUCAGUAUCGUUUGUGCCAAGAGACUUGGGAUGUUGCAUUGCACUCUAAUGUUGGAUUCAGGAACUAUCUUGAGCUGGUGGCCAACUCAAUUGAAGACUGGGUGAAAGAGGAAGAAGUCAAAUACCAAGAAGAGAAAACGGGUAAGGAAAUAGAGUCUCUUAAACUGGAAAAUGCCAUAGCAGAAAGACCUUUUGAGUUGUCUGCAUGUGCUGUCAAAAAAACUGCUUUCCCUAAGAAAGCUAAAAGCAGCACGUCAGAACCUGAGAGCAUAACAGAGACUAUUCCAGAGUCUCAAUGCGACAAUGAAAAAAGUCCCUUUAUCAGAGAAGGCUCUCUAAAGUUUCUUGGCUACAAUACAGGGGAGGAUCUCAUUCAAGUAUCAGGAACCAAUCAGUAUCUUUUCCCAUCUGAUGGAGGACAGAUUCAAGUAGAGAAGAUAGAGUUUGUAAAAGACCUAACUUUGGUAAAGGUGAAAGUGAUAAAAGACAACCACAAUUUCUUCAUUCAUAUCACAGACCCCAAGAAAAAUGUAAAAGAAAUGGAAGUGCAAGAAAUUGAUGAAGAACAGAAAAUUAGUUCAGGAAAUUCGAAAAAUCAAAAGAAAGCUGUGAGCAAGUUUGGAUCUUUUUCAGCCACCUUGGAAAAUGGAAUCCAGCUGUCCCUGAGCUAUUACGGACCUACAGGGAAGACAGCAGAUGAUAAAACAGAUCCUGUCUUAGCAAGAAUUCUGAACAUCCCUUCUGUUCAUAUUCCGACCAUAAUUUCUCCUGCCCCAUCAGCUUCUGGAAAAAAAGAUAAGUCUGCCAAACAAAAAUCAGGAAAAUCUCUGCUAUCUAUGAAAGCAAGCCAUAGCAAAAUAGGCCCUGCACCACCUGGUGACCUGGUAAAGCAAGAAGAAGGAAAGAUGGAAAUGGAAGAAUCAGCGUUCCAAACACAAGUGAUGUCAAAUGCUAUUGCUUUCCCAAGUUUGAACGUCUCCUGUCCCAAUGGACUAGUAUUAACUUUCCUUGGUGAAAGUUUUGGAGAUUCGAAAGGUGAAGCCACUACAGCUGAAGCUGAGAAAGAGAUGGCAAAGAAAAGUGAGGCCAAAGCAGAUGAAGCAAAGGAGGAAGAGGUUACAGAAAGUGGAGAGAAGGAACAUGAGGUUACAGAAGGUGAAAUAAAGCACAAAGACACCAGAAGAGAACAGGCCAAGCAGCCUGCUGUGGAAAUUCUGGUUAGGCAGAGUUAUCCCCAAAAGGUAAAGAACUCUCGCCUUUAUACAUCUGUGGCAAGGCAAGCAGAACAAGAGGUGUCAAGAGUCAUCACCACUCAAGGAACUGUUAUAAAGUACAUGAUGGAUGGAUCUACCCAGAUUCUGUUUGCUGAUGGCACAGUGAGUACAAGUCCUGAUUCUGGCCCCGUCUUGCCACCACCUACAAUUCCAGAUAACCAGCAACCGUUACCAGACUCAGAGCCUUCACCCGAGACCACCACUAAGAAAGGAAAAGGCAGUGACAGAAACAGUAUAUCACACCCAAACAAAGAUGAGUUGUUUGAAAAUAUUGCGCAGGGUCUGGUUAAUUCUGAGCAACCUAAGGAGAACCAGGCAGGAACCUGGAUAACAACUACUCCAGCAGGCAUUCGAGUGGGCACUGAGGGAGCAAAGAGAAUGGAUCUGAAGCCACUCUUAAUCUAUCAGGCAACUGACCCAGCUGAUGGAACGGUUAUGACUGUACGAGACGAUGAAGUGGUAAUUGUUGAGAAGCUGGAUGGUAGCAGAGUAGUAGAUCAUGCUGAUGGCACUAGGAUCACGACUUUUUAUCAAAACUGUAAAGCACUUUUUGUACCAGAGGAUAGCGAGGAAACAGAUGAACCCUCGGAAGCCAUCACAAGGAAGGUGAAAUCUGUGCAAGUAGAGAAUCCUGAGUUUGCUACCGUUAUAACAAAUUGUGAGGAUGGUACCUGUCGUACUGUCUUUGGAGAUGGGACAUCUAUUAUAGCAAAGCCACAGGGAACAUAUCAGGUUUUACCCAUCAAGACAGGCUCUCUUUUCAUUGAUGAAGAUUGCUCAGCAGUUUAUACCCAUGAAGUUUACGAUUUCAUCAGCAAGAAAGAAGAGAAACAAGCAGGGAGAUACAUUAUGAAACACACUUCCAGCACUAUUUGUGAGAUGAUGGAUCCUGAAGGAAAUCUUUUCAAGGUCAUGGCUGAUGGCAGCACAUCUGUGUGUGUUCCUAGCAGUGGCUCUGAUGACAAGGAAGACAGAAGUUCAGCAUCAGCACUCCCAGAAGUUAACAAACCUAUCACUUAUGAUGAGCAUGCCCCCAGGUUCUUCGUCAUCUACGUGGAUGGUUCUGGAACUGAGCUCCUGCGGAGCAGGGAUGUACACAAGUAUCUUGCCGAAGCCUGUAGUGAUCCCGCUGCUGCUGUCUUGCAGGAUCCUGUGCAAGAAUGUCCGGGUGUUUUCAGUAUUACUGUCCUCCGCCCUUUGGCUGAAGCCUCCCCCUGGGUAAUGAAGAAAGAACCAGAGAGUAUUGUUCCUCCAAACCUUCAGUCAAGGACCCGGGACACAUUUUCUUCUCCUGAGAGGAAGAUCACGGGUCCCUCAGUCAGAACACCUGUUUGGAGGGGUCUCUGCAUUGGAUCCAAAGAGAAGACGUGCUUGCCAGUACCUGUGAGAAAAUGUCCUAAUAAACUGCAAAUCCGUCAGCUAUUCCAGUAUAAGCCACUCAGUGAUGAACUAAGAGAAAAGCUGCAGCUUUCCCUCAAGGAAUAUAUAGACAACAUUUUAAAGCAGGAAGAUGAGUUGGAAGAGAUGAAUGUAAAAGAACCAAGAACAGAAGAGGAAAAGGAGAAUGCUGCAAGUCUCCUUGAACUAGUUACGGUGGGAGACUUGUAUUUCAACCACAGCCACCUCCACACUCACGUAACUGAGCUGUAUGAACAGGCGGUGGCUUCUCAUCGCCAGUGUCACACAGAGAAGACGAUCGCUGCCCAAAGAGAGGACCAACGGCGGAGGUUCAGCCCAGAAGGAGUAACACCAGUGUCCAAGUGGCAGAGCAGACUAGAAGAGUACAGGAAAGAACUUGAUGAAGGAAAGAAGUCCUUAAUGGCAAUAAGAAACAAAAUAUUUCCUCCGUAUUUUGAAUCAGAAUUCGGCAAGGAGUUUUUCCUGAAAGAGUUUCCUGAUGUGGAAGCACUGUCUAUGGAACUUCCUCCAGUUCAAAAAAAACAAAGCGGGAAUUUCCUUCUAGAGAUGACCAAAAAACCCAGUAGAGCAUCUGAGUGUCUCAAUACUACGAGCGAUUCCUCAGCUUCACCUGGCCGCCUGCUGCAGGCUCAUUCCAAACCAAAGGAAGGUUCCAGCAGCACAACAGACCUAAACACAGCUGCAAGAUCACAACAGACACCCUCUCAAAGUAAAGUUCAGAGUCUGCUGGUGAAUGCUGCAGGACAGCCAAGAAGAGAGAAAGUGAAGUUACCGUCAUCCCUCCAGGGAAGACAACCAAACUCCAUACCAAAUAAAAGGAUAGAAGAUCCUGUCGCAGGGAAGGUCAACACAUCUUCUCUUGCAACAAGAAGACAGCAUCUUAGUGGCUUCCACCUCAUUCCACCCAGAGUGACGCUUGGAGUGCUAAAGGAAGGCUGCACCUAUGCAGCCACGGUGAUCCUGAAGAAUGUUGGCGUCAACUUCUCAAGGUUUCGGGUGAAGCAACCACCUCCGCACACAGGGCUGAGAGUGACGUACGCGCCAGGACCUGUGGCAGCAGGCUUGCAGGUGGAACUGGAGAUAGAGAUUUUUGCCGUGGUAAUUGGAGGGGAAGAUACCGGUGGCCUUGAAGAAAUUUCCCACGAUAUUGAAAUAUUAACAGAAACAGAGACGCUUCUCCUGCCUGUGAGAGCAAAUAUCCUUUCUGUGUUAACCAGUGCCAUUUACGAGUGCCGCCCACAAGGAUACCCCAAGGGUGGGAUGGCAGCGACAGCCCGGGCAGUUCCUGCAAGCCCCACGCCGCGGCUCCGGAUUACGCUACCCCAAAAGCUUUCUAGUUAA